UCUGAUUUAUUAUAGAAUCACGGUGUACGGUGUUAGCUAAGUAUCAAAAGCUUUAAAUUUUGCAGCAGAAUUAGGAGGCUGAGAUUGUCUACUUGGUGGACUACGAUUAUUCUGUUUCACAAAGUCAACGCUAAUUUACCGUCUCUCACCCCAGAUUUCGGUUUUUACUUCUACGUGGCAAAGAUGUUGGUCCUGGGGAACACAUCCUCCUCACACGUACAUGAUCGUACCCUCUCUCUCUCUCUCUGUGUUUGGGAAAUACAUAAACCCAAAAGCGGGUCCCACUUUCCGCACUUGGAUGCUGGAUCUGGGUCUCCCUGAAUAUCACCACAGUGAGUGAGGGAGUGAGAUCGCUGGAGCUAUUGAUGUCAUGUCCAUAUUUUACUGGCUAAGAUCGUUUUGAUUUUCAGAAAUCUUCGACCAAAGUCUGACUUUUCCAUCUGCUUUAUCCAAUAAUAUUUUGACACGGAUAGGGUGCACGGAACUGAGAGGACUGCUGAACGUCAACUAACAAAAGGGGUAGAGUUCCGAAACGCCUAUGGGGAUGCAAAAGAUGGGAAAAAUUCAAAAUGAGGGGCAAUUUCGUAACUUGAGAUGACACAAUGUUCAAAAUACCAAAUUGAGUCCCAUCCACGUCAUCGAUCCGUGUGAUGUUGAAAUAGAUAAAGGACAGCCAUCCGAUCGUCACGCCAAUUCGCAAUCCCCAACCGUUGGAUUGUCCUGGCUACGGGGAUUUCAUCUUCUUCCUUCCUUUUUUUUUUUGUUUUUUUUUUUUUAUUUUUUUUUUUAUCCCUUCGAUCCGAUCCAGAAGAAAACCCACUUUUAAAAACCUCCUCACCCCUUUACCCUCUCUCUCUGUGCGUCCACUUCCCACCAAACCAAACAGUGCCCCCCCUCUCUCUCUCUCUCUCUCUCUAAAAAAAACACACACACUCUCACAUACACACUCACUUUCUCUCUCUUAAAAAACAAACAAACUUCCAUGGCUACCGAAAACUCAAAUAACCCUCCUCCACCUCCUCCACCUGCUCCUUCUCUCCCUCAGUACCCAGAGAUGAUUAUGACGGCCAUAGAGUCCCUGAACGACAAGAACGGCUCUAACAAGUCGGCCAUUUCGAAGCACAUAGAGUCCACCUACGGAGAUCUACCGGCAGCUCACACGACUCUGCUCACUCACCACCUCAACAGGAUGAAGCAGAACGGAGAGCUGGUUCUGGUCAAGAACAACUACAUGAAACCCGACCCAAAUGCCCCACCCAAGAGAGGUCGCGGCCGUCCACCAAAACCCAAGGUUCCACUUCCUCCGGGAACUGUACUGUCACCGCCGAGGCCACGUGGCCGUCCUCCAAAGCCCAUAGAUCCUUUCGCUCCUACAUCGAUUGCAAAGAAGAAGACCUCUUCCUCCUCAGGGUCCGGAAGGCCACGUGGACGCCCACCGAAGAAAGUCAAGACAUCGAGUCCAGCUGCGGCUCCGGAUGGCGUGCCGAGAGGUAGAGGAAGGCCGCCGAAGGUUAAGCCGGCGGUGGCUCCGGUGGGAUGUUGAUUCUUAGGCUUUCAGAGAAACUACGACCGAGAGAGAGAGAGAGAGAGAAAGAGAGCGUUAGGCUUGUUUUUUAGGUGUAUUAGUUUUCUACUAAUUUAAUGUUUUAGCUUUAUCUUUAUCCUUAUCCUUUUUAUUUUUUUUUUCUUUCUUUUUAUUUUUCUUUUUAUUUUUCUUUUUAUUUUUUUUUUAAUUGGGGUUUUAAAAAUUUAGUUUGUCUAUUAUGUGGUUGGGUGUUGUAACUUGUAAUGUGGGUGGUGGGUUGGAGGUUCUCCAUUUAUGUUGACUGUAAUUGCAAUGUAAAUUGUUCAGCGGCUGUUUAGGCUUUUUUCUUA